GUUUUAUUUGUGUUUUUGUCAACAAAGCCAAAAAUUUUAAAUAGGUACUCUAAAAUUGAGAAAUAAAUACUGAAAUCAGUGCUUGUAAAACAAUAUUUUUAGCACACAAAAAUGAAACAGCCAAUUGACGUGGAGUCUCUCCGCUCCGAGCACGAGUCGGACGAGCAGUGGGAGGUGCGCAAGAUGUUCAUGAUCGAGCACAAGGACAACUUUGAGGAGCAGGAGCUCAUCACGCUAGCACAGCUGUUCACCAACAUUGAGUUCCUUGGCUGCAGAUACCCUCAAGAGACCAUGAAGAGGAUAGCCAAGUUGGCUGAAAGUGUGAGUGCCAAAUACCGCGACAGCAGGAAGAAUAAACUAAAGCGCACCUUUGUCCAAGCCAGUGACGCUGCAGAACAGAAGGCUAAAAGAACUUUUACUAAGUAGACCUACCAUCUACCUACA